AUGAACAUGGGCAUAUUUAUUCGAUCACUCAUUGCGAAAUGUGGUGUAUACGCCUUUUUUAUAAUUGUCCAUAUUCCGAUACUGCAAGGCGAAGAACAGCCGAAGUGUCCGAGUUUAGCAGAAAACCCUAUCUGCCCUUGUUAUACCUUUAAAGAAGAUUUAUUUUUGGAGUGUCCAAGUGCCACCCCUAGUGUUGUAAAAAAUGUUUUGACCAAAAUACAAGGAACCAUUCACUCUUUGUCAAUAUAUGAUUUAGAAAGAACUACAACAGAACUAAAUGCGGAUUUUUUCCCGCCGCAUAUUAAAAUUAAACAUUUACAAAUAACACAAUCUGGAAUAAAUAAAAUAAGCUCCAAUGCAUUUAUAUCGAUUCGCGAUUCUCUCGGUUCUUUGAGCAUAAUUGCCAGUAAAUUGAACAAAAUUCCACAUGAAUCGUUUUUCGAACUCUUUAAUAUAGAAGCGCUUGACUUUCAACUCAAUGACAUCAAAGACAUCGAAGCACACACUUUUAAGGAUCUGAAAUUGAAAAAAGUUAAUUUAAGAGGAAACAAGAUAGCAAAUAUUUCCGCGCAAGCAUUCCAGGAAUUAGAUAAAACAUUGACCGAAUUGGAUAUGACGGAAAAUUAUUUGGAAAUUUUUCCACUAAAGUCAUUAGGGAACUUAAAUAAACUCACAAACGUAAGACUGGCUUGGAAUAAAAUUAAUUCUAUUCCAGAUAAUGUUAAUAUCACAAUACCCAAUUUAUUAAAUUUAGACUUAAGUUCAAAUCUAUUUACUAAAAUAGAAGAAAAUUGGUUAAAAAACAUGCCUAAUUUAAGAAUGUUAAUUUUUUUUAGUAAUGAAAUCCAACACAUUGCGGAGGAGGCUUUUAAUUCCUUAGAAAAUUUAGAAAUACUAGAUUUAAGUAGAAAUAAAAUUGUAAAUAUAGAAAAAAAUACGUUUCAAAGAAACAUAAAUGUACGUUCUAUAGAUUUAAGUCACAAUCAUCUUCAUUACAUAAAUGGUGUUUUUGCGAAUUUAAAACAUCUUUCUGAAGUAUUUUUAUCAGAAAAUAAUAUUCUUGAAAUACCAAACGAUGCAUUUAAUAAUACAGUGGGACUAAAAGUUCUUAAUUUAGAACAUAAUGCUAUUCAAUUACUACGUCCUAACUGUUUUGACUCUCAACAUAAUUUGACACAACUUCACAUGGGAACAAAUUUUUUGCAAAAACUUCCUAGAAAUAUAUUUCAAUUCAACCGUAAACUUGAAAUAAUAAGCUUAGAUAAUAAUGAAAUAGAACAGUUAGAUGACUCAAUAUUUGAUAAGUUAAUAUUAUUAAGAGAGAUUAGGUUGCAGAAUAAUAAAUUAAAUCAUAUUAAACGAAAUGUAUUUAGUCCAUUGCCUGAGCUAUUAGAAUUACAUUUACAAAACAAUGUAAUAAAAAAUAUAGAUUCUCAUGCUUUUAUAACUUUACGCAACCUACAACACAUUAAUUUGCAGGGUAAUAAUUUGACUACAAUUGGUGACGUUUUUCCUAAUAGGAAUUCGUCAUUAGUUUCAAUACAGCUAAGUGCAAAUCACCUAUCACUAUUAAAAAAUAGUUCACUUCGUAGUCAAGUGAACGUACAAAUUAUGUGGCUAGCACAAAAUAACUUAAAAUUUUUAACUUCAAACUUAUUUAUUGAUUUAUUAAAUAUACAAAAGUUAUAUCUAAACAAUAACACCAUAGCACAUAUUGAGGACAGGACAUUUAUGCACCUAAAAAAAAUUAAAUAUUUAGACCUAAGCAACAACAAAAUUAGUGAAAUAAAUAAUGAAACAUUUUAUAAUCUUGUAACACUGGAAGAACUGUUAUUAAAAAAUAAUCAAAUAAGAACUGUUUCGAGAAAUGCAUUUAAAUAUUUGUAUAAAUUAAAAUUUCUUGAUUUGUCUGAAAAUGAAAUUACUACAUUUAAUUUUAACAUUUCUACUCUUCCAAUCAAACAAUUUCGAAUUAAUCAAAAUUUAAUUUCUACUAUUGAAAAGGAUUCAUUUCAAGCCUUGCCAAACUUGAAUGAAUUAGAGUUGAAAAUGAAUAUGUUGACUUGGCACGACAUUAUUCAAAUUCAAAUACCUGGAUUGAAGUCUCUUGUACUUUCUAAAAAUAAUUUUACAGAUUUAGAAAAUAAAACCUUUUCACAUCUUCUUUCCCUUCAAUCGCUUACAUUAGAAAUGUCGAACAUAUCGUACUUACCUCCAGCGACAUUUUUAAAAAAUCAAAACUUAUUGAGAGUCAAUUUGGCAUACAAUAAUUUAAAAGAUUUGCACAAAGACGUGUUUGCUUAUACUACUAUUUUGCAAGACUUAAAUCUGAAAGGUAAUCAUUUUACUGAAUUUCCACAUGUAGCUUUAUUCAAUAUUACUUCUUUAGAAAGUUUAGAUUUGUGUCAUAAUGAACUACAAAGUAUAGAUUUCUUUAAAUUAGUCGGUUUACAUAAUUUAAAAAUAUUAAAUUUAUGUGAAAAUCGAAUUUCGGUUCUCAAUGGCUUCAAGUCACCUUCACUUAAGAAUUUGGUUUCUAUUAAUUUAAGUCAUAAUAUGAUAACAGUUCUUCCACCGAAUUUUCUUCAACACUCUAACGGUUUAAAAAAUAUAGAUUUAUCAUAUAAUUAUUUUAAGUAUAUUCCUAGUAACGGUCUAUCAGAAUCUAUUUUUCCAGCAGUUACAUCUUUAAACAUGUCUUCGAAUUCCAUAGAACAACUGCUACAAACAUAUCCUAUUAAGCAAUUUCCACUAUUAGAAGAACUUAUUGUUACUAACACCAAUUUAUCUAUUAUAACUAGUAAAGAUUUUGAAAAUUUUCAUUCGUUAAAAAAAUUAAUUUUAAAUCAUAAUUCGAUAACUCGGCUUUCACCCAGUGCGUUUUUAAAACUAAAUAAUCUGGAAACUUUAGAUUUAAGUAUAAAUAAGCUAGAAAAUAUUCCGCGGGAGAGACUACAAGGAUUAUACUCAGCAAGAGUUAUAAACGUUUCCCGGAACACAAUCAGGGAACUAGAAGAAUUUACUUCAGACUUACAAAAUUUACAAACAUUGGAUCUGUCUUUUAAUCAUAUCACAAGAAUAACGAAAGAUGUCUUUCGGAAUCUUCCAAGCCUCAAUGAGCUCUACCUAAGCGACAAUUGGUUGUCUACAAUAGUAUCUGAUGUAUUUUCUAAAUUAAAGAAAAUCACCCAUAUAGAUUUGUCUAGAAACUAUUUUGAAAAGAUACAAUUGAAAAUGCUUGUAUCUCUCGAAAUGCAAGUAAAAACGAUUGCUUUUAAUGAAAAUCCAUUGACAUGUAAUUGCGAAACUCAAGACCUUUGGAUGUGGAUGAAAGAUCAUUAUAAAAUUAUAUUGCAAGGAAACUCUAAAUUGCGUUGUGAGUAUCCAGAAGAACUUCAUGGUUAUAAGUUUUUGGAGCUCAAAUCACAGAAGCUAUGUGAUGUGCCACUUGUAAUACGUAUAGCCAUACAGGACAUACAGACUUAUUCGGUUUUAGUUUCUUGGCAGAGUCGCAAUCAUAGUGGCUUAAGUGGAUACCAUGUUGCUUACUUCAGGGAUCAGAUGCCAGCGAUCAUACGAGGCAAAAUUUUGAACUCGACCACCAGAACUACAAGAUUAAAUCAUUUGACGCCAGGAGCGCGAUACGUAAUUUGCGUAAUUGCGAUUGGGGAUUUUGAAAGCACUCAAGGAUCUUCGAUGCCUAAUGCGAGAAUAGCUUCUUCGUCUCUAGGAAAUUCAGGAGCUAAUUUAUACGGAGAUGAACAAGUCUUUAAUAACCUUCGGCCUUUUAUGAACGAUUCUCACACAAGUAAAUGUACAAGUGUCAGCACCAUCGAAAUAUUCAGUGCAGCGUUAGACAGUCCAUUUUCCAAUACGUAUAUGGGAAUCGCCGAGAUUGUGACGAGAAGGCUAAGUUUAGUUGUAGGAUGUUGUAUAGGACUUGUAGUUUUCAUCGUAUUAGUCUCGGUUUUAGGAUACAUGAAGACAAAGAAACGCCCCAUAAUGCCAAAAGAUGUAGUGCAACAGCCUCCACAAUACAUCUCAUAUGAUAAUUUUACUGCUACAAACGUCGAAGUUCAAUCUACUGAUAUAGAUGUAAAUACCAUUUCUAAUAAAACAACAUCGCAAUUUAAGUCCCGUGAA